AUGACAAAGAAUAAGUAUCAAAAUGAUACAAAUAGUUUGAGUUUAGUUGUAGAGAAUGAAGAUAAUCCAAAGAUAAAAGCGAUUUAUGACUGUUAUACUCAAUUAUAUAAUGAAUAUAAUCAACCAAGGAAUGGUAUAAACAAUCCUUCAUUGCCAUUCUUGAAUGAAAUUCAAAAGUCAGUGUCAUACAAGUUAGCAAAACAAUAUCGAACAGAGUAUACAAAGAGUAACUUUAUACAGUCAUAUACAAAGAAAGGAAAAAGACAACAUGAUACAGAUGAAGAGGAAGAAGAGGAAGAAGAAGAAGAUGAUCAUGAUGAUGAAGAAUAUGAAAUAUAUGAAGAAGAAGAAGAAGAGGAGGAGGAAGAGGAAGAUGAAGAUAUAGCUAAACAAAAGAAACGUUCAAGUAGAAGUACAGGUAGUAAUAAAAAGGAAGUUGAUGGUAUUGGUUUCAAUGACAAAGGCAGUGCUGGUGAUACUAAAGGUGAAGAUCAAGAUAGUCCUACUCGAAAGAAACAAAAGAUAAACAAUUCACUGAUAGAAAAUGAAGACAAGUUUGAUUCAUCAGUGGAUGAUAGUGAAGAGGAAGAAGAUGAAGAGGAAGAAGAUGAAGAUGAAGAUGACUAUAGCUAUGACGAAGAGGAGGAUGAGUUCAAUGAAGAACAAUACGAUGAAGAAAAUGAUUACAGUGGAAGCGAAGCAUCUGAUGAUUCAUUUAUAAAUGACAGCAAUUACGAUCCUCCACCAAAUAAAAACAAUUUUGUAUUUCUAAAAUCAAAGACAUCGCUGGUACCGAGCGUAGAGCAAGCAAUAGAAGAGAGUAGAUAUUGUAGACAUCCACUGAGUACGAUAAACAUGGCAGAGAUUAAUGUAUCUUCAAAGUGUGGCCCUGAAGUUUUAUUAGCAAUUGGUGUUAUAUAUCAACAGUACCUCAUUGAUAUUAUUUCGAAAGUUGGAAAAAUAUCAAUUAACCAGCUAUGUUUGUUUGAUUCAGUACCACAAAUCGAAAAAGGACAUAGAUGGAAAUUUGACUUUUUAAUCAUUAUGAGUACACCAAAUAAAUCAAUACAAUCUUUGCCAUUUGGCGGUAAUAGAACCUCUCCAUCUAAACUUACAUCAAGCUAUAAGCCACCUAUUUCCAAUGAAGAAUCUCAGAAUAAAUAUAUGCAUGGAUAUAAGACUUUAGAAUGUAACACUGUUGCAAAGAAACAAGAAUGUAUUAAAGACAGAGAUUGCUUCUAUUAUCAUAAGAAUGAGGAAAAGAGAAGAUGUCCCUAUGAUCAAAAUAAUAAUAUUGUUUACUCUCAUUUGAUUUGUCCAGAAAAAUGUGGAAAACCAAAUUGUAAAAAUUCACAUAAUGAUGUGGAAGUUAUGUACCAUCCAGCUAUUUAUAAGACAAAGUUGUGUAAUGACCAUGCUAACAAUAAGACUUGCAAGAAAGGAAGAUGGUGUGCUUUUGCCCAUGGCGAGUCGGAUCUCAGAGUCGGAGUAUCAGACAAAUAUAAAUUCCAAGAGAAUUCAAAGACUCCUGUCAAAGCCAAGAGUUCACCGACCUACAGUAAUACUUCAUCCUAUUCAAAAGAUAGUCUCGGCAGUGUCAUCGAUUUGAAUUGGUUGUCCAACGGUCUUUCCAAUGGCAACAGUAACGGUAGUUUUCAUUCUCACUUUCUGUAUUCGCCAAACAACAAACUGAAUGAGCCACACAUUGGUCACGGUGCCAACUCUAUGUUUGGAUACCAAGCCCCAACGGACCUUGUAUCGAUCAGUACUUUGAAAUACUAUCCAGAGCACUAUGAUCCAACUACUUUAAACAAUUGUAAUUUGGAGAAAACUCUUCGUUUUGGAGUUUUGCGUGUUGAUAAAACAAAUCCAUUGAAUGCUUAUCUUGAUACUUCCAAUAUUCCCCAGGAUCUACAAUCAUCUAUCAGUAUCGAUCUAACACUAAAUUCGUCGGACAGAAUUGCUAUCUUUGGUCUAUACAACCGAAAUCGUGCUUUAGAUGGUGACUUUGUAGCUAUCAGUAAUAUCAUGCCUUCAAAGUUGGAGAGCUCUGGAGAUUCCUACGAACAUAAUCUAGAUAAGGAGAUGGAGCAAUUCCUGCCCAUCACAGCGUCAAUCAAUGGUUGUAGCCAAGCACCUUCGCCUGCUCCUCACUCACUUACAGGAAGACUACAGCAGUGGCCAACUAACUAUCCGCUUCCAAUCGGCGAGAUUACCCAGACCAUCUCAAACUAUGAUGAUGUAACUCAAAUGAUUCAACUUCUUAAAACAGAAAAUAAAAUCAUUGAUAGUUUCCCUGCUCAAAUGACUAAUGAAGUUCAACUUUUGGGUUUAAAGUCACUCAAUAUCACCAAUGCUCAAAAGAGAAAGGAUUUAAGAAAUUUGUUUUCUUUUUCAAUUGGUGAAGCUAUUCUUGAUGAACAAACUGUUUUGUAUUCAUGUAACAAAGCUGCAAAUGGAAAUAUCAUAUUUUCUGUACAUGUAUCUGAUGUAGCAUUUUAUAUUAAACAGAAGAGCGUCUCGGAUACUGAGGCAGCUUCUAAAGGUUUCAGUAUUAAUAUGGGUAGUUUCUCAUCGAAACUAUUUCCACCGGAUCUUUGCCAACUGUUAAGAUUUGAACCAAGAAAGGAUAGAUGUGCGAUUACGAUUGAAUGGGAAUUUUCUUCAAAUUUUACCAUUGUUGAAACCUACAUAUAUCAAUCGAUUGUUAACUCCAACUGUCACUUAUCAUAUCGAGAUAUUUCAAACAUAUUCAAUAAUUCAAACAACGAAUUAUCUCAAGAAUCGUCCCAUUCAAUCGAAUUGGUUACUUCAUUACGAGAGAUGUUCAAUGGUAUUGAAAGUUUCUAUGGAAAGUUCUCACAGCAGACUUUUAAAAUCUUUCAUUCCUACAAAAAGAACCAUCUUUCGACUGAAGAAUUGAACUAUCAUAUCUUGGUUGAGCAAAUCAAACUGAUUGCAAACUACAUCGCCAGCAACAUCAAGGUGGAUCAAGCUAUCUACAUGGCUUCGUGCAACCGAAUACCUGAGCCUAUGAUCAAUCAAAUCAAGAAAGAAAUAGAGAAAUAUGAAUCUAUAUUCCCGAGCAACAUCAACUUGGAUCUAUUGACACUUGGCGAUCUCCUAUCGUAUGUGUCCAACCUGAACACCCAGAAAUACUUUGUCUCAGAGAUUGAAAAAUCUGGUCAUUUGGUGCGUUUCACUGGUGAGAAGGAUCAAAUGUUUCUCCAAUUCCCUUACAUACCGUACGAAACUCAAGGUUUGUUGGUCAGUGUUGAUUCUUCUGUCAUUGGAAUCUGGGUAGAGAAGCUCAAUAAGACACUCUUCAUAGAUCUCAAUCAAAUCAGUGGUUGUCGUCAUACUUGGAUGUACUCUACCAACUCACUUUGGAUCGGGUGGAAUACCAAAUAUCUGGGAAUCGAUUGCACAGACUGUGUAAGAAAAUCAAUUUCCAAUUCACAGGAAUCUAUUAUUCCAGUGAAUAUUCAUCAACAGGUGUCAAAGAUAACAUCAUUCGGUCCGUCCAAACCAACUUCCAUGCACUUGAAGCUCUUUGAUCGUAUUCAAAUCCAAGUUGCAACCUUUGAAUCUGCACCAACCAAGCAGGAGAACUAUAUUCAGUUCCUCUAUGGUCUCAAGGAUACAAUUCCUUCAUGCUUUGAGCACCUGCAACAUCGUGAAACCUUCUUACAUAACAAAUAUCCCAUGGAAACAAUCUCAAGACCAAUAGACUCUGAUAUUACCUAUGUUAACUACUGGAAUACAUUGGUUGAUCUAAACUCUGUUCAUAAGAGUUUAUCAAAGAGUUCAUCGAUUUUUGCAUUCAAUGUAUCUAUUUCAUGGAGUAAGAAGAAAAAGAAGUAUGUUGGUUCCUUCAGUAUUCCACUCGACCACAACACCAGCAAUGUUAUGAUAGCACGUGGUGAUUUCCUAUGCCUGAGAUACACAAACGAAGAGAAGAGUAAUUUAUCGCUUCAUACCCUCUUGACAAAGGCAAGCUAUGAUGAGAAGGCAGGAAAGAUCUUGAUCAAGUUCUCCAUUAGAUCUCCUAAGCUUACACAGAAAUCAUUUUCACUGGAAAUUAUUCUAAGAGAUAGUUUUAAUAGAUCUCUUAGUGAAGGAGUUCAGAAUUUCCCAAACAUUGAUGAGGUCUUACGUAUUCUUAUCUUGGACCAGUAUCCACUCAAACUAUGUGGUGUAGUUCCAGAGAAUCCAGUCGAUCUCAACUCACUCGCGCUUCCUUUUACUCUUAGUGGUGAGCAAUCCAUAGCAAUUCAAAAUUGUAUCCAUAGUCCAUUCACCAUUAUUGAAGGACCACCUGGCUCUUGUAAAACAACUAUUGCAUCUAUAGUUUGUCAAGUUGCUAUUGGUGAUCAAGGAAACAAUGGAUUCAUCUCUAAGAUUUUACUUUGUGGUCCAAACGAUUUUAGUGUAGAUGAAUCUCUGCGAAACUUGAAACAGUUAUUCCCAGCCAUCAAGGCUUUGAGAGUUUAUGGAAAUGAUUUUUUGGAAGACGAUGAAAAUGGAUAUGUCAUUACAGAAGAUAUCAAGAAGCUUUCUUUACAAUAUAUGAUCGAGAAUCAAAAGAAUAGUUCUCCAAACAUGGCUAGCAGAGAUCUAGAGGGAAUCAUUUUAAAUGAACAUAAGGUUAUAUGUUGUACUUCAAUUGUCUCAAUUGAGAAGAGAAUCUCUGAUUUGAAUAUUCAUUGGGUGGUCAUUGAUAAUGCCAAUGAAGAGUUUGAGCCUUCUACUCUGUGUGCUCUUAACAAAGCCAAACAUGUUGUGUUGCUUGGUGAUGUAAUAUCUGAUUUUGAAAAUACUCAAGUGUAUAUCAAGAAUCCAACAAUGAAGAAAUGUUUUACUCGACCUUUGGCACAUAGACUCACCAACAUUGAACCAAUGAAGCUCAAGUCUUUGUAUAAUAUUCCAAAUGUAUUCUUUGAGCUACUCAACUCAAAGGAAUUAUCAAAGAAUGAUUAUAAACCAAUGCUUACUUUCUACAAUAUUCCUAAAUCAGAGGAGAAACUAGAUAUCAAAUCUUUUGACACUAUUGAAGACAACCUACACACAAAGUUCUUUAAUAUUACUGAAAUAACAUUUAAGAAUAUCGAUGCCAAAUCUAUUGUUAUUGUUUCACCAUACAGCACUCAACGUUGGCUACUCAAAAGACAUUUCUCUUCAACAGGUGGAUUCGAAAUCAAAGUUAUGUCUCACCAAGAGGCUCAAUACUCCAAGAAAGAAUAUGUCAUAGUAUCAAUGGUUAGAACAAAAAAAAUCGAAAAUCUUGAUAUUUCGAAUGAAGAUCAAUUUUUGAGAAAUCUUUUACUUUCAACAACCAAAGGUGUACUAUUUAUUGGAAGCAUUCAUAGCCUCAAAGUUAGUCAACAAUGGAGCUCAUUUGCCACCAAGAUUGAAAGUCUAGAUAUGAUUCAGAAUGUGGAAAACAUCAACUCUAACCUCAUAUGUACUACAAAAGAUUAUGAAUCUUUUACCAAACUCACCGUAUUUGAAACCGUGGAAUGUCCAAGACUGGACCAAAUGAAUAGUAAUAAAGGUGAACUCUCAAUCAUUUCAGAGUUUUGGAAACAAAAUUAA